AUGUCCAAACUAAAGAUUCUUAUUCUUAAAUCUUCAUCAGAGGGAUUACAUGAUGCCAUAUCAAAAAGCGAAGAUUUGAACGCAAAAUCCGGACCCUUCGACUGCGUCUUGAUCCAUGGCAAUAUAGUUGAUGAUCUGGACCAUGCUAAGCUAAUCAAAUCGAGCACUCCCAUCUAUUUUUUCAAUGGGCAUCGUGUUCUCACGAACAAACCUGGCUCGAUCAAUGUUAGCGAUAAUGUCGUCUUUCUGAAUGGAUAUGGCAUUUUGAAACUUUUGAAUGGAAUACGUAUUGGAUAUUUGACGGGCGAUGAGAGGUUUUUGAAUCAAAGCGAAAAUGCCCUUCAUGAUGUCCUCAAGAAUUCCGAAAUGGAAGGAAUCGACCUCUUGCUAACGCAUCAAGUGGGCAAACCGUUUGGCCUUGAGACCUCAGAUCAGGUCGUCGAUGAGAUUAUCAAAUCCCUCAAACCAAAAUACCAUUUUGCUUCCUUGAAUUCUGAGACUUUUGUCGAAUGUCCUGCCUUCAGAUGGAAAAACACCGAACUAGUUACAAGAUGCAUUAAGUUAGCGACGUUUGGGUCAGGUAAAAAGUGGGCUUACGCCUUCAAUAUCACUCUCAGCGUGCCAAUGUCAGGGUUAACGCAAGAUAUGCUGGGACCUAAUCCCUACGAAGUGGAUAUAACCCCGAAACGUCGCUUGAGUACUAGCACGCCAACCCAGCAAGGAACGGGUGCCAAAAAAAUUAAGCGAGUUUUACCAGGUGAUUGCAGAUUUUGUCUCAGCAACCCUCAAGUCCAGCAGCAUUUGAUUAUUGCCAUAGGAACGAACGUUUAUAUGACAAUAGCCAAGGGACCAUUGACCGUGCCAAUGGGCAAAAUGAAUUUCUCAGGCCAUUGCCUUCUAAUUUCGGUUAAGCAUGUUUCAAAAUUAUGCUAUAAAGACCAAGAAUGCUCGAAUCUUACUCAAGAUGCCACCUUCAAUGAAAUGGUGCAGUAUGAAAGUGAUGUGGCUGAGAUGAAUUCAAAAAGAUUUGAUACGUGCACUGUUGUCUUUGAAAUCGACUACGAAAACUCAAUUCAUUUCCAUAAACAGGUGAUGCCAGUCCCGCAAUACCUGAUUGGAAAGUUCCUUGCAUCAUUGGAACGACAGGUUCACUUCAACAAUGAAAAAUUCACCAAGAAUGCUAGGCUUUGUUUCCGCGAGUAUAAUUCGGACGAUAAGGAAUAUCUGGAUAUUAUAAAUGACGUCGAGUCGAAUUAUCUCAAAUUCACCGUUUAUGAAUCAAGGAAUGUUUAUAAAAUCUACCUGGCAGUCUUUCAAAAAAAUGAAAGAGUCGAUUUACAAUUUGGUAGGCGUGUUGUGGCUUUUCUACUCAAUUUGUCAAAUAGGGUCAAAUGGGACUCACCAAAUUGUCGCCAAUCGUUGGACGAAGAAAAUAAAGAGGUUUUCGAAUUUCGGAAGACGUUUGUCGAAUUUGACAAGCAUUGA